GGGAUCUUCGCUGGAGCCUGCAGGAUCCUGAUCAGACAUCUUAAAGCCAGACCAUGAAUGGACCAGUAGAUGGUUUAGGUGACCACCACAUGGAAGAUGUUGGAGCUUUUAUGUUCACUUCUGAGUCUGUGGGAGAAGGACAUCCAGACAAGAUCUGUGAUCAGAUAAGUGAUGCUGUGCUAGAUGCCCAUUUAAAGCAAGAUCCUGAUGCUAAGGUCGCAUGUGAAACAGUAUGCAAAACUGGUAUGGUUCUGCUUUGUGGAGAAAUAACAUCUAGAGCAGUUGUGGAUUAUCAGAAGGUGGUUCGUGACACCAUCAAAUACAUCGGUUAUGAUGAUUCUGAAAAAGGUUUUGACUAUAAAACCUGCAAUGUUCUUGUAGCUCUAGAACAGCAAUCUCCUGAUAUCGCACAGGGUGUUCACUUAGACCGAAAAGAGGAAGAUGUUGGAGCUGGUGAUCAGGGGCUGAUGUUUGGCUAUGCCACCGAUGAGACAGAAGAGUGCAUGCCACUGACUAUUGUGCUAGCACACAGACUUAAUGCAAAACUAGCAGAAUUAAGGCGCAGUGGUGAGCUUCCUUGGCUUAGGCCAGAUUCCAAAACUCAGGUUACAGUCAAGUACAUCCAGAAGAAUGGUGUCAUCCCAGUACGGGUUCAUACUAUCGUAAUAUCGGUGCAGCACGAUGAAACCAUUUCUUUGAGUGACAUGCAGGAAUCCUUAAAGAAUAAAGUUAUAAAAGCUGUAGUUCCUGCCAAGUACCUGGAUGAGAAGACUAUUUACCAUUUACAGCCAAGUGGCCGUUUUGUCAUUGGUGGCCCUCAGGGUGAUGCUGGUGUCACAGGCCGUAAGAUUAUUGUAGAUACGUAUGGAGGAUGGGGUGCCCAUGGUGGAGGAGCUUUUUCAGGAAAAGACUAUACAAAAGUAGAUCGUUCCGCUGCCUAUGCUGCCCGCUGGGUUGCUAAAUCUUUGGUGCAUGCCAAGCUCUGCCAUCGUGUAUUGGUUCAGGUGUCUUAUGCUAUUGGUGUGGCCUACCCAUUAUCAGUUUCCCUCUUUACUUAUGGGACCUCAGAAAAAACUGAGAAGGAGCUGUUGGACAUAGUCAAUAAAAACUUUGAUCUGAGACCUGGAGUUAUUGUCAGGGAUCUUGAUUUGAAGAAGCCAAUAUACCAGAAGACUGCAUGUUAUGGCCAUUUUGGUAGAGAUGAAUUUCCUUGGGAAGUCCCAAAGGAAUUGGUGUUUUAAACAGAGAUGGAAGAACUGAUGCUAUUUAGUAGGAAAUAUGACAACAUUCUCCUUCAGGAACCCUACCUUUCUAUCACUUAACAUUAAUGAUGGCAUUGAUGAAAUAUCAUUAGGCAAUGGCAGUGAAAGGAUUUUUUGGAAGUGAAAAGUAUCAAGCAAAACUCAAGCACAUAUUCUCCAUGUUAAUUCAUACUCUGCUGUAGCUUUUUUUUCUAUCAUCUUCUAAUGCUUCUCAUAGCAUAGAUAAUAUGUCUUCAACAUUUUUUUUGCUCUUGACUUAG